UUUACUGAUAAAAAGUUAGGGAUGGAGCAAAUUGGGAGACAUUUAAUGACGAACAUCAGCGAUCAAUUUGAGCUUCAAGAUUUCAUCCAUGGCGACAACUUCGAUCAAUAUGUGAAUCUGAUUCGUGGAGGCCACGAAAAUCAAAUAUUCAAUAACUUCGAUCCUGAUUUCAUGAACAGUUUGUUGGUGGAAAAUGGUGCGGAUCCGAGCGCUGAAUUCAUUGUAGAUUCGAAUAUGGUGAUGAAUAAUAAUUCUGAUCCAAAUUCACUGUUUAGUACAUUGGAGAGUUUCAAUAGCAUCAUGAAAGAAGUUGAAAAUGAUGAUGAAGAUGAAGACGACACUUCUGUCGAGAAUUCUUCUUCUUUCACAAAUUCAAAGAAACCUAAAGUGGAUAGAACAAGAACUUUGAUUUCUGAACGAAGGAGAAGAGGAAGAAUGAAGGAAAAGCUUUAUGCAUUGCGUUCAUUGGUUCCAAAUAUAACCAAGAUGGAUAAGGCUUCCAUUGUUGGGGAUGCAGUGUUAUAUGUGAAAGAGCUACAAAUGCAAGCCAAGAAGCUCAAAGCAGAGAUAUCAGUUUUAGAAUCCUCAAUCAACGAAACACAAACCAAUCAUAGACUUCAAAACCAAAAGAACAUUAUUCAAACCCCACAUUCUGAACAAUUCCUUCCCACCAAAAUAAUUCAGCUGGAUGUGUUUCAAGUGGAGGAAAGAGGGUUUUAUUUGAGGCUAGUUUGCAAGAUGGGUGAAAGAGUAGCCAUGUCUCUUUACAAAGUUCUUGAAUCUCUCACCAGCUUCAUUAUUCAAAGCUCCAAUUUGGCUUCUGCUUCUGAUAGAUUCAUUCUCACUGCUACAAUUAAUGUGAGAGAUUGUGAGGUGGAGAUGAACUUGCCAAAUUUGAAGCUUUGGCUUACUGGGGCACUUCUUAACCAUGGAUUUGAGUUUUAAUCACAUCUUAAUCAGCUCUUAUUUUUCUUUUUCUGUUUAACCAACCCUUUAAACCAAUACAGAGAUUGUAUUAUUUUAAUUGGCAACUUUCUAUUGUAAGGCCAUUUGAAUUUUGAAAUGGAGGGACUUACAAUGCAUCAGUGUGUACCUCCUCAUCUUAAAGAUGAAUUUCUUAGAGAUU